GACCUCAAGCAGCUGGCAGUUCAGUUGUGUUUCGAUUUUGACAUCGACAUGACGCCGAUUUACUUGAUGCUAUUGUGUUCGUUCAUUGGAGCAACAUGGGCAUUUGGCGAUGAGGCCAUCUUCGAGGAUGAGGACAUUUAUAAUCAGGCAUUGCCGCCUGUGCCGCACACAGGCAUUACUGUGCCUGGCACAAAGUGGUGUGGCCCAGGAAAUACGGCAGCCAACUACGAGGACCUGGGACGUGAGAGGGAAACUGAUAGAUGUUGUCGUGCCCACGACCAUUGCGAGGAGAUAAUGGAGUCACAUGGCUCGCUGCAUGGACUGCCCAACAACACGGAUUGGUUUCCCAUUCUCAAGUGCAACUGCGAGCAGCAGUUCAUCAAUUGCCUGCAGGCUGUUAACACCAUGACUUCCAAUACUUUGGGUCGCAUCUACUAUGGAACGCGCAGCAAAUGCUUUGCUCUGGGCUUCCCCACCACCGGAUGCAAGCAGUACCAGGAGGGAACUUUCCGUAAGCGCUGUGUUCGUUACACUGUCAACAAGCAGGCGGCCAAACUGUGGCAGUUCUAUGAUAUGCCAUUUUACACAAAUGCUGCAACACUAUUAAACAAAUCCUGACACGGGGAAUUGUAAUCACUAUAAUAGAGUAUAUAAUUCAGAGUUUAUAAAUUUGAUUAAAUCAUAGAAUAUUUAAUGGAAGUGAAGUUCUAAAAUAUAUCCGGAAACCUUGUACCAUGAAUGUACUACUUCAGCGAAUUAGGUUGCAUAUUUCUUAAUUAA